GGGCUGAGCUUCGACGGGCUGUCCUUCAAUGGAGUAACACAUGACAGGGCACAAGAAGGAGAAGCGUUAUGAGUGCGACGUGUGUGGCAAGGCCUGGCAGACCCCGGGCCUGCUGGAGACCCACCGGCGGAUUCACACGGGAGAACGCCCCUUCACCUGCUCGGAGUGCGGCAAGAACUUCAAAUGCUACAACAACCUGCAGCAGCACAACCGCUGGCACUCUGACAAGAGGCCCUUCACCUGCUCCGACUGCGGCAAAGGCUUCAAGUCGCCCACACAGCUGAAGUUGCACAGACGCGUGCACACCGGGGAGCGGCCCUACACCUGCAGCGACUGCGGCCAGGGCUUCACCCAGUCCGGCAACCGGCUGGAGCACCAGCGCACCCACACCGGCGAGCGCCCCUACACCUGCACCCAGUGUGGCAAGCGCUUCCCCCGCUCCAGCAGCCUGCUGGAGCACCAGUACACCCACAACGGCGAGCGCCCCUACACCUGUGGCGAGUGCGGCAAGGGCUUCACCCGCUCCACUGGGCUGCGAAGGCACCAGCGCACCCACACCGACAAGCGCCCCUAUACCUGUGCCCAAUGUGGCAAGGGCUUCACCCGCUCCGACUCCCUGCUGGAGCAUCAGCGCACCCACACCGGCGAGCGUCCCUACACUUGCACUCAGUGCGGCAAGGGGUACACCCACUCCAGCAACCUGCUGUUCCACCAGCGCUCCCACACUGGCGAGCGUCCCUACACCUGCGCCCAGUGUGGCAAGGGCUUCACGCGAUCCACCAGCCUGUUGUACCACCAGCGCAUCCACACUGGCGAGCGCCCGUUCACCUGCGCCCAGUGUGGCAAGGGCUUCACCAGCUCCACCCAGCUGCUGGCCCACCAGCGCACCCACACUGGCGAGCGUCCCUUCACUUGCGCCCAGUGCGGCAAGGGCUUCACCCAGUCCGGCAACCUGCUUGUGCACCAUCGCAUCCACACUGGCGAGCGCCCCUACACCUGUGCCGAGUGCGGCAAGGGCUUCACCAGCUCCACCAAGCUGCUGUCCCACCAGUGCACCCACGCUGGCGAGCGUCCCUUCACCUGCGCCCAGUGCGGCAAGAGCUUCACCCAGUCCAGCAACCUACUGGUGCACCAUCGCACCCAUACCGGCGAGUGCCCAUACACCUGUGCACAGUGCGGCAAGGGAUUCACCUGCUCCACUCAGCUGCUGUCUCACCAGCGGGUGCACGCCGGCGACCGUCUCGUCCCCAGCCCAGUGUGUGGAGAGCGCUUUGCCAUGGCCUCCCUCGCCCUGUCUCACCAAUGCGUGCACACCAGUGGCCAGUCCUACGACUGCCCAUACUGUGGUGAGGAGUUUGAAAACUCUCGCGGUGGUUGCGGCAGCACCGGCGUACCCACGCCGGCGAGCAGCUGCUCCCACUGCAGCAAGCGGAUGCACUAGCGGAUACACACCAGAAAGGGACCCUUUGUGUGCGCUGAGUGAGGCAAGGGUUUCACCCACAACGGUGAGCGUCCCUUCGCCUGCCCGUCCUAUGGUAAGGUCUUCACCUGCCUUCACCACCUGCUGGAGCACCGGCGAGUCUACACCGGCCAGCGCCCCUUCACCUGCCUACUCUGUGGCAAGACCUUUGUCCACUCCUCUAGCCUGCUGGCACACCGCCAUGUGGAUAGGAGCUGUUUAGGUAGACACAAAUGCUGGAAGGAAUGGGUAAGGUUUCGGGUAGAGACCCUUCUUCAGUCUCGACCCGAAACAUCACCCAUUCCUUCUCUCCAGAAAUGCUACCUGUCCCUCUGAAUUACUCCAGCAUUUUGUGUCCUUUUUUGUAAACCAGCAUCUGCAGUUUAAACCAAUUUUUAAACCAUUCUCAUUAACCAUCUCUGCACCUUUCCCAAAGCCUCCACAUCAGUGCUGUAAUGGAGUGACCAGAACUGUAUACAAUACUCCAAAUGCUACCUGACCAAUGUCCCUUAAAGCUGCACAUAUACAUUCCUCUCUCUCCCCACUUUUCUCCUCUCCCCUCUCCCUCCACUCUCCCCCCAAUCGUACAAAUACUCUCCACUCCACCCUCUCGUGCCCCCCUCCUCUCCCUCCCACCGCCCCUCUCUCUCACAUGCAUACACAUAUUCCCUCUCUCUUGUUCUCUCUCUUCUCUCUCUCACACAAACCCUCUUUCUCUCACACAAACCCUCUUUCUCUCACACACACACUCCCUCUCACACACGCACCACUCUUUUGCUGUCUCUCACACAACAUCUCUUGUUCUCGCGCACACCAUCUCUCUCUUGCUCUCUCAUCCACCCUCUCUCUCUCACACACACAUUCCUUCUCUUUCAAACACACUCCCUCUGUUCCUCUCUUCCUCUCUCUCACAUUCCCUCUCUCUCUCACACACACUCCCUCUCUUGCUCACACACACACUCCCGCUUUCUCUCACACACACUCACUCUCUCCCACACACAAAUACUCCCUCUCUCACACACACAACACUCCCCCCUCUCUCUGUCUUUUUCUCACUCACACACACACACAGUCCCUCUCUCUCACACACAUUCACUCCAUCAGUCUAUCACACACACACAGUCCAUCUCCCACACACACUCUCUCUCUCUCUAUC